AUGGCUGGAUGGACCUGCCGCAUUCUUCUUCAGAAAGGAGCUCGACUUCUUUCACGUAGAGCAGUGACUGAAAGUCCUUCCCAGAUCAUUGCUUGUGCACGGACGGUAAAAACCACAACAUGGUUUGAAGAGCAUCUCACAAAGGGCAAUCAAGAAUAUAUGAGAAAGAUCACAGCAGAAGAAUACAGAAAGCUGACUGCUGAUAGGCUAAAUCCACUCAAAGAUGAGCCUUGGCCACGGCAGCAGUGGACAGAGGGAAGCAAAAGAGUUGGUCUUGUUGCUGUGAAGCUGGGAAUGGUUCCGGUUUGGACAAAAACAGGAGAAAGGCAUGUGGCCACAAUGUUACAGGUGCAGGACUGUCAUGUAAUAAAGUACAUCAGCAAAGAUGAGAACGAUGGGGACACGGCUGCCUUGUUGGUUGGAGGAAAAAAUGUAUCGCCAUUUUAUAGGACCGAGUCGCAAAUGGAGAUUUUUAGGAAUGCUGGAGUACCGCCAAAACAGAAACUCACCUCCUUCAGAGUUUCAGAUAAUGCCAUCAUCAAGCCAGGCACUCCUCUGUAUGCAGCGCACUUUCGUCCAGGUCAAUAUGUGGAUGUUACAGCAAGAACGAUCGGUAAAGGUUUUCAGGGAGUGAUGAAGAGAUGGGGGUUCAAAGGCCAGCCCGCAACCCACGGCCAAACCAAGACCCAUCGAAGACCAGGCGCAUCAGGACCUGGAGGGGAUCCAGCCAGAGUUUGGAAAGGGAAAAAGAUGCCAGGGAAGAUGGGAAACGUCAACAGAACGGCUCACGGCCUGAAGAUAUGGAGGGUCAAUACCAAGUAUAAUGUGCUUUAUGUAAACGGCUCCGUCCCUGGACACCGAAAUUGCUUAGUGAAGAUAAAGGACACAAUUCUGCCGAACCACCGUCUGCUGACACCACCUUUCCCCACAUACUUCACAGAGGAGGAAGAGGAGCUUGCCGAAGACCUGUACGAUGAAAGCCUGUUUGUUCACACAGAGCCCUCGUUAGCGCUCACAUAG